ACUCCCAUUAUAGCUAUUGAAGCUUCAUUGGGUUCACAAAGUUCUAAACAUCAAAGUUUUUCACCUUUUCACCGUUCCGGUUUUAUUUGAACUUGUUCCAUUCAUUUAUCAUAUUCCAACUAUUUUUUUGAUAAUUUCAACCUUGAGAGUUUAUAUCCAACAGUUGUUCACAAGAAAAGAAGAUUUGAUGAAUCCAAGGAUAUUUUUAGUCAUUGUUUUAUCACAAAUUUCGGGGUUUUAGUUUUGUUGUAUGCGAUUAUUUUAUUAUAAGACUCCCAGCCACCGGGCUAAUAACAUCCUGGUGCGCGUCACAGGAUCCCAAUCAUAAUUUGAAGAUAAUUUUCUUUCUCUCUAUGUAUUUCAACUACACCUCUAUGCUUUUACCAUGCCUUUUAUCAACGUUGCGAUUGAUUCCAUUUUACUAUCCAACGAGACAUGAUCACCAAUGUAAUAUAAUAGUGAAAUGUGCUAUUCCCGCUGUGCUCCUUUAGCCAUUUAUUUUCAACUUCGCUCUUAUUCCAGCUUUGGGAACAUGCCGCCAACUCAACUAUCCAUUUGAGUUUGGCCAAAUCUAUAUUUUUUUCACACGUGGUUGGAAUAAUAUGAAGUUGGCUCCAUUCAUAAUCGGGAACGUGGUGUUUUGGCUGUUUGUAUUUUGUUGUCUGAAUUAUAUUUUAUACAAAAAAUUAACAGUAUUACGGACUAAUAGCAAAAGUGCACAACUUCAAAAAGCUGAAUUUUCAUUGACUUUAACCUCAUUAUCCAUGAUUUCUUCUUACACCACCAAUCUUAUCAUUAUGAUAAUGUUUCAAUUUUUCUGGACAGCUUCAUCAUACAUCGUAGUAUUUCAUCCUUUUGGAAAUGACUGUGAUAUUGUUAUAGUGGCGUGGGUGUUUUAUACAACUCAUCCUGUAUUUAGGCAUCAAGUUUCGAUGAUUAGGGUUAGAUCAGUUAGAUAA